UCAUCAUCAUCAUCAUGGUCUCCUCCAUCGUGGCUCCAUUACUCCUUGCCCUCGUUGUCCUCGCCAUCCUGCUGGGCUCCUCUGCAUCUCUGCCUCCUCCACGGAAAACCUUCCUCCUCAACUCCACGGACCGUCCUCUGCUGGUCUUCAGCCUCCCUGACGUCCAGAACACGACCACGCUGCUGCUCAGUGACGAUGGAUCCACGCUUUACGUAGGAGCACGAGAUGCUGUCCUCUCAUUGGACGUCAGCCGGAGUGAUGUCAUCAGGCUGAAGAACAGGGUGGCGUGGCGUCCGUCUGAAACUGCAACCAAUGAGUGUAAAUAUAAAGUGAAGAACCCCUCGCUCGACUGUCCAAACAUCAUCAGUGUACUGAAGCCCAUUAACUCCACCCACCUGUACGCCUGUGGAAGCCACGCCUACAGCCCACAGGACGCCUUCAUCGACACAGAAAUCUUCUCGGUGGUCGAACACAGCAGCGACAAAGCUAAAACACGCUGUCCACACAACCCUUUCCAGAGGAGCACCGCCAUCACCUACGACGGCGAGCUGUUCACCGCCACAACCACCGACUUCAAAGGAGAGAAGCCCCAGAUUUUAAGGCACUUCACCAAAGAUGGCCGCCUGGACGUCCGCCUGGACUCUCCUGUCAGCUUACUGCAGGACCCGACGUUCAUCGGCUCGUCUCUCGACCCGUCUGACAGGAAGCUCUACUUCUUCUUCACUGAAGUUGGGAAAGAGUUCCGCUUUGUAGACGAGCUGCAGAUCGCCAGAGUCGCUCAAGUCUGCAAGGAUGAUGUUGGAGGGCAGAUGACUCUCCAAAAGAAGUGGACGUCCUUCGCCAAAGCCCCCCUGCUCUGUCAGUCUCCUAAACGCCUCCCCUUCAAUGUCCUCCAGGAUGUGUUCACCCUCCAGCCAGCAGAGGGCGAUAAUGCCUCGGACACUCUGUUCUACGGAAUCUUCAGCUCCCAGUGGUCCUCAGGUCCAGAGUCUGCUGUCUGUGUCUUUUCGCUCCAGGAUGUCAGAAACGUGUUCAGUGGGAACUACAUGACCCUCAACGCACAGACCAUGGUCUGGAGUCAGAGACCAGGGAGACAGAUCCAGGGAAAGUGCGGACUGGAACAUGCCUCAGACUCGGACUUAGAGGAAGUGAAGAACAGUUUCCUGACCAGUCAGAGCGUAACACCUGUAGGAAACGCUCCAGUCGUCAUCUCUUCAGGGCAGCAGUACAGUCGAGUCGCUGCAAUGAAGACGACGGCAGCCAACGGCGACCAGCACACACUCCUGUUCCUUCUAACAGAGUCUGGAUUUCUACAUAAACUGGUUUUGUCUGGCAGCGGCGGUGCCCGGGUCAUUGAGGAGAUUCAGGUCUUUGAAGAAUCUCAGCCGCUGAAAAGCCUCGUCCUCUCCUCUGUGAAGGGCGUUCUUUACGUGGGAACAUCAGAGGGGGUGACCGCCGUACCUGUGGCCAGGUGUUCCGUCUACACCACAUGCAGCCAGUGCAUCCUCGCCAGAGAUCCUCUGUGUGGGUGGAGUCGCCGGCGGCGGGUCUGCACGCGUGUUGAAGACGGCCAUGAUGACACAGCUCAAGACGUGGAGAAUGGUGACGUUGGCGAGGCUUGUCUGGGACAAACCAAGACCAGUCCCAUCACGGAAAUGUCGGUAGAGAUGAACACGGCGGUGAGUCUUUCAUGUCAGAAACCCUCCAACCCGUCCACUCUGACCUGGACCUCCCCUCAAUUUGAAGAUCUGCCCCACAAACUCUUCAUCCAGUCGUCUGACGGCAGCCUGCUGUUCCACGCCACUGAGGAAACCCAGGGGACCUACCGCUGUGCAGCACAGGAAGGCGGGCACAAGGAAGUGGUGGCCAGGUAUCGCGUCAGUCUGACCCCUCCUCCUCGCUCCAUGAGACCUUCGCCAAAGAACGACCAGGAACCUGUGCCUGAUGAUGAGAAUUAUGAGCUCACCGAGGAUCCAGGCAUCAUUUCGAGAACACCCUCAGGAGACCUGGAGGACGCCACGGUAACGGUCAAGGCUGAAGAACGCGACCCAGCAGAAGAAAGGACUCAGAGCGAGGAAGAUCCAAAGAUGAGAGAGGACAGCUCGACAGGACCUGGUUCAGACUUCGACUUGGCCUCCACAAGCGACUCCCCGUCCUUUAAGGCGCCACGUGAUGGCGCUCCCAAAGAGAAGAGUUACUACAGCGAGCUGGUCGCCGUUUCCCUCCUGUUUUCCUUCAUCUGUAUCGGCACCCUGGUACUCGGAGCGUUCUACAUGUGGCGCCAAACUAAGACGGGAAAAAUCAACCCUCUGGUCAGCCUGGAUGGUGGCAGCAAAACCGACCAAUCAAUGGAGAGUGUUCCUUCCCUCAGCAGCCCCGAGGAUGACGCACCAGAGCUCAAGGUGGUGGAGUGAAAACAGAAUAUAAAAAUCUACUUUAAAUAAAAAUAUUAAAUAACAACAUCAAUAAACAACAAUCCAGUAGUAUACAGUAAUACAAUAUACAAUAAGAUAGAAUCUUAUGUAAUAUACUUUAUAGUAUAAUGAUACACAAUUAUAUAUAUACAGUAUAUAUAUGAUAAAUGUUUAUAUAUACAAAUACAUAUAUAUUUAC